UUCCGCCUACAUAAAGAUAAAAGAAUCCCACUCCUCUCUCCUCUCUCGCAGUCUUCUUCCAUUCUUCUUCUCACCAUGACUAACACCACCACGAUUUCCACCGCACCACCAGGAAAGCGAGCAGGAGGAGGAGCCGGACAUAUCCUCGUCUUUCCGUUUCCAGCACAAGGUCACAUGUUACCUCUCCUCGACCUCGUACACCAACUUGCCGUCCGCUCAACCACCACCACCAACACAACCAUUACAAUUCUAGUGACGCCGAAAAACUUACCGUUACUAAACCCACUUCUAAUCCAACACCCAUCCAUUGUUCAAACGUUAGUACUACCAUUCCCAACUCCUGAAAACAGUCUUAUACCACCAGGUGUAGAAAAUGUCAAAGAUCUUCCCUCUGGUUACUUCCUACCCAUGAUUCAAACCAUUAGCAAACUUUGCGAUCCUCUCCUAAACUGGUUCCAAUCUCAUCCAUCCCCUCCAACUUAUAUCAUUUCCGAUAUGUUUCUCGGCUGGACACAAGACCUCGCUGUCCAACUCGGAAUCCGGCGAAUUGUUUUCUCUCCUUCUGGUGCUCAAAUUCUAUCCGUCAUUUCCUGUUUAUGGCGCGAUCUACCAACCCCGGCGAAUACUGAUAACAACAAAGAUAACGACGACCCUUACGCGUUGAUUCUGUUCCCGAAAGUACCCGGUUGCCCGAGUUACCCAUGGUGGCAACUCUCCUCUCUUUACCGUGCUUAUGUCCAAAGUACUAAACAAAGUGGUGGCGAUAAAAAUUCCGGUGACUUGGAAUUCCUCCGGAAGGAUUUUCUCGGAAAUGUAGAAUGCUGGGGUAUGGUUUUCAAUUCCUUCCAUGAGUUGGAAGGCAUUUACUUGGACCACAUGAAGAGGGCCUAUUUUGGCGACAAAUAUCUAUGGGCUGUGGGCCCGCUAUCACAAUCCGGGCCAACAGAGAGAGGUGGGGCCACAUCUGAGCGAGCCGGUGAUAUUUUUACUUGGCUAGAUACGUGUGAUGAUCACAGUGUUGUGUAUGUUUGUUUCGGUAGUCAAGCAGUACUGGAUAACAGUCAGAUGGAAGCUGUGGCCGUUGGAUUGGGAAAAAGUGGGGUCAGGUUUCUAUGGUGUGUAAAGGAACCAACUGUUGGACACGUGUCAGAUGAAUAUGGUUUGAUACCAUCAUGGUUUGAAGAUACAACGGCUGGUAGAGGAUUAGUAGUGAGAGGAUGGGCACCACAGGUGCAGAUAUUGCAACACAAGGCAAUUGGAUCGUUCUUGACUCACUGUGGUUGGAACUCGGUGUUGGAAUCCAUUGGCGCUGGAGUACCGAUGCUGGCUUGGCCGAUGGGUGCCGAUCAAUUCAUGAAUGCAACACUGCUAGUCGAUCAGGUGAAGGUUGCUGUUCAAGUUUGUGAAGGUGCGAAAACAAUUCCGAACGCAGAUGAGUUGGCUCAGCGUAUAGCUGAAUCAGUAGCUACAGGUGGUAGCACUUGCGGGAACCAAAUGAGGAUGAAAGCUAUGGAACUGAAGCAAGCCGCUUACAACGCAAUCAGGGUUCACGAAAAUGGAGGCGGGAGUUCGACCAAAGACUUGGAUGAUUUGGUGCAGCAUCUUUUCUCUAACCAAAUGGCAAUGCUAUCGAGAGAGCUUGUUCCUCCAAACUGAUAAAUGCAAUAGAGAUAGGAUAAUCAAUGUAAAGAAUGGAGAUUUCGUAUUAAUGGAAUAAUUUUACUGUUAAUGCUAU